GGCGUCAUUUGGGACAAAGUCUGUCCCAGGGGCAGGACAGGUCCUUGCCCCCUGCCUGCAGUUUGUGCUCAGGGCGUUUAGUUUCUGUUUUGUUUUUGUUUUUGUACGUGAGGACUGUAGCUCAAGUAGAAACACCUGGGUGUGUCCCUGGACAGUCCUGGGACGCAGCUUUAUUUCCCGACGGUCGGACCGGGCGUCCGCGCCUGUCCCAGUCUCUUUCCGCGGUCUGGACCUCUCGGCGAAGACGGAGGCCUCGGUUUUCGCUCCCGUCUGCCGAACCGGAGAAGAGCGGACGUGAUAGUUUGGUUUUCAGUGUGUUUCCGGCAUGUUUGUGUAAACUCUACUAUGGAUCUGCCUGAAGGGGCUGAGGAGGGGAUCCUCCCCUCAAAAACCUCUUCCUUUGGGGAACAUGGCCGGACCAAAGCUCGGAGCCCCGAGAUGCAGCAGAAGCAGCAGCAGCAGCAGCAGCAGCGGGGGAGACCAGCCUCCCCUGUGCCCAGCUGUGUGUCCAUGAAGAGCAACAAGUCAAUGGAGCCGCCUCUCGCUUUUCGAAAACACUCUUCUGAAACAGAGAUCCCACAGGAGAGACCAGACUCUCCAGUACCAAGCUGUGCGUCCAUGGACAGUGACCGAGCGAUGGGUCGUAUUACUGAGUCAGCAGAUGGACACCGGUCUGCUCGCGAGAGACCAGAUCAACGGCAGCAGAGACCAGAGUCCCCGGUACCCAGCUACGUGUCCAUGAAGAGCGACCAGUCAGUCGAUCUGCCUCUUGUGUUUAGAAGAAAACACUCUGCUGAAAAAGGACUAAAACAGGAGAGUUCAGAAGUCCACAGUGGUCGGUCUGCCCGGGAACAUCCGACGGACAUGGACUCCAUAUUUAUGCUGCUGGAGGAGAACAUUGUCGGUUUUAUGAAGAACGAGCUGAAGAGGAUGCAGAGGGUUUUGAAUUCGGAGUGUUCGGUGAUAAGCGAGGAGCAGCAGCGGCAUGAGGAGGAGGAUAUGAGGAGCAGCAGAGAGGCGUUUCUGAAGAUCACACUACUCUUCCUGAGGAGAAUGAAGCAGGAGGACCUGGCUGACGCUCUGCAGAGCAGUAAGAGGACCAGUUACAGCUGUAACGUGAUGGAAAAGGAAGAAUCUCCUGCCACGUGCCAGGGUAAACUCAAAUCUAGUUUGAAGCAGAAGUUCCAGUGUUUGUUCGAGGGGACUGGAAAAACAGGAAACCCAACUCUUCUGGAUGAGAUCUAUACGGAGCUCUACAUCACAGAGGGAGGAACUGGAGAGGUCAAUGAAGAACAUGAGGUGAGACAGAUUGAAACUGCGUCCAGGAAACCAGCAGGACCGGAAACAACAAUCCGAUGUGAAGACAUCUUCCAAACCUUGCCGGGAAAAGCUCAGCCAUGCCGGACAGUGAUGACGAAGGGAGUGGCCGGCAUCGGGAAGACAGUCUUAACACAGAAGUUCAGUCUGGACUGGGCUGAAGACAAAGCCAACCAGGACAUACAGUUCACUUUUCCGUUCACCUUCAGAGAGCUGAAAAAGUUCAGCUUGGUGGAACUGGUUCAUCACUUCUUCACUGAAACCAAAGAAGCAGGAAUCUGCAGGUUUGACGCGUUUAGGGUUGUGUUCAUCUUUGACGGUCUGGACGAGUGUCGACUUCCUCUGGACUUCCACAACACCGAGAUCCUGACUGAUGUCACAGAGUCCACCUCAGUGGACGUGCUGCUGACGAACCUCAUCAGGGGGAGACUGCUGCCCUCUGCUCGCCUCUGGAUAACCACUCGACCUGCGGCGGCCAGUCAGAUCCCUCCUGAGUGUGUCGACGUGGUGACAGAGGUCAGAGGGUUCACUGACCCACAGAAGGAGGAGUACUUCAGGAAGAGGUUCAGAGACGAGGAGCGGGCCGGCAGGAUCGUCGCCCACAUCAAGACAUCCCGAAGCCUCCACAUCAUGUGCCACAUCCCAGUCUUCUGCUGGAUCACCGCUACAGUUCUGGAGGAUGUGUUGAAAACCAGGGAGGGAGGAGAGCUGCCCAAGACCCUGACUGAGAUGUACAUCCACUUCCUGGUGGCGCAAGCCAAAUUGUGGAGCGUCAAGUAUCGUGUAGGAGCUAGUACAGGUCCGCACUGGAAUCCAGGGAGCAGGGAGAUGGUUUUGUCUUUGGGAAAACUGGCUUUCGAGCAGCUGCAGAAAGGAAACCUGAUCUUCUACGAAACAGACCUGACGGAGUGUGGCAUCGAUAUCAGAGCAGCCUCGGUGUACUCGGGAGUGUUCACUCAGAUCUUUAAAGAGGAGAGAGGGUUAUACGAGGAGCGGGUGUACUGUUUUGUUCAUCUUAGCAUUCAGGAGUUUCUGGCUGCUCUUUAUGUCUUUCUGACUUUCAUUGACGGUGGCGUCAGUCGGCUGGCUCACCCAAAAACCUGGUGGUCUAAUCUGUUCAGGGACAAACGUAACCUAUCAUAUCUCUUCCAAAGUGCUGUGGACAAGGCUUUACAGAGUCCAAAUGGGCACCUGGAUUUGUACCUUCGCUUCCUACUGGGCCUUUCAUUGCAGACCAAUCAGACACUUCUACGAGGGCUGAUGACACGGACAGGAAAUAGCUCACACACCAAUCGGGAAACAGUCGAUUACAUCAAGAGCGUAAUCAGUAAAAACCUGUCCCCAGAGAGAAGCAUCAAUCUGUUUCACUGCCUGAAUGAGCUGAAUGACCGUUCUCUGGUGGAGGAGAUCCAGCGGUACGUGAGCUCAGGGAGUCUCCUCACAGCCAGCCUCUCUCCUGCUCAGUGGUCAGCUCUGGUCUUCAUCCUGCUGUCAUCAGACAGAGAGCUGGGUGUGUUCGACCUGAAGAGAUACUCGGCUUCGGAGGAGGCGCUUCUGAGGCUGCUGCCGGUGGUCAAGGCGUCCAAAAAGUCGCUGCUGAGCGGCUGUAACCUGUCAGAGAAAAGCGGUGAAGGUCUGGCAUCAGUUCUCAGCUCCCAGUCUUCCUGUCUGAGAGAGCUAGACCUGACCCACAACAAUCUGAAGGACUCUGGAAUGAAGUUGCUCGCUGCUGGACUGGAGGAUCCACGGUGUGGACUGGAAAAGCUGAGGCUGAGCCAAAACAACCUCACUGAGAAAUGCUGUCCGGAGUUGUCAUCAGUCCUCAGCACCAAGUCCUCUUGCCUGAGAGACCUGGACUUGAGUUACAACGACCUGCAGGACUCCGGGGUGAAGCUUCUCUCUGACUGGAAAGAAAGAGACUGAAAACUCAAACAACUCAGGCUGAUUGGCUGUAACCUAUCGGAGGGAAGUCUCGAUACUCUGGCUUCAAGUCUCGGCUCCUCUGCCCUGAGAGAGCUGGACCUGAGUAGCAAUGACCUGCAGCAGGACUCAGCUCAGCUUUUCGAUUCAGGACUGAGGAGUCCACACUGCUCGCUCUCAAGUCUCAGGCUGAGUGGCUGUAAGUUAUCAGAAAGGAGCUGUGAAGCUCUGGCCUCAGUUCUCGGCUCCCAGUCUUCUAAUCUGAGAGAGCUGGAUCUUAAUAACAACGACCUGCAGGACUCGGGAGUGAAAGCGCUCUCUGCUGGACUGAGGAGUCCGCGGUGUACACUGGAAACCCUGAGGUUGAAUCAAACUAGGCUCACAGAAAAGUGCUGUCAGGACGUCUCAUCAGUUCUAAGCACCAAGUCGUCCAGUCUGAGAGACCUGGACCUGAGUAACAACGACCUGCGGGAUUCAGGAGCCAAACUGCUCUCGGCUGGACUGAGCAGUCCACACUGCAGACUGGAAACAUUCAGGUUGUCAGGCUGCUUGAUCCCAGAGGAAGGUUGUACUUCUUUGGCCUCCGCUUUGAGGUCCAACCCCUCCCAUCUGAGAAAGCUGGACCUGAGCUACAAUCAUCCGGGAGAAUCGGGACUGAAGCUGCUUUCCGCUGGACUGGAGGAUCGACGAUGGAGACUGGACACUCUCAGUGUGGAUCAUGGUGGUGUUCAGUGGUUGAAAUCUGGUCUGGCAAAGUAUGUGUGUGAGCUCACACUGGACCCGAACACAGCACACAAAAACGUCCUCCUGACUGAAAACAACAGAAGAGUGAUGUUGGCGAUAGAGAAGCAGCCGUACCCCGAUCACCCGGACAGAUUCGACUGGUGCUACCAGCUGCUGUGCACAGCUCGUCUGGCUGGUCGCUGCUACUGGGAGGUGGACUGGGAGAGAGGGGUUGAUAUUGGAGUGACUUACCGAGGACUCAGACGGAGAGGAGCUCGUGACGGCAGCAGGCUUGGCUGGAACGAGAAGUCAUGGAGUUUGGAGUUGACCGAUAAAUGUUACUUCGCCUGGCACAAUAACAUAAGGACGGCUCUUCUCAACAGACCGUCCACUGCUUCUAACAGAGUCGGAGUGUAUCUGGACUGGCCUGCCGGCGCUUUGUCCUUCUACAGUGUCUCAUCUGACUCACUAGUUCACCUGUACACCUUCAACUGUGCGUUCACUGAACCUCUCUACCCUGGAUUUGGGUUCUUAUCACUGGAGUCAUCGGUGUCCUUGCGUUAGAAAACGCAUGGAGACUCACCUCCUCAAAAACAGCCUUAUUUUAGCUGGAUUACAAUUUUUUUGUUUUUGUUUUAUAUUAUUUAAAAGGUUUUUUUUAGACGUGUUCAUUAUCCUCAAGUGUUAACAAAAAUGUCUCAACUCAGGGAAGAGCAAUGUCGUCAAUCAGCUAAUUACAAAUCAUAAAAAUAACUCAAGGUUUUUCUCACAGAACCGCAGCUAUUUACAUGAGUCGAACCUACAUCUUAGUGCAGUAACAGUUAUGCUCGUAUUUUCUCGUAGAUAAAAUAAGUAAUUCUGUCAAAAUCGUCAGAGGUUGCAUGUUAGGCUGCAGGACAAGAUCAAGGACUAACUCGAUACAGCUCAAAGUGGAGACUCUUGGGACCCAGACAUGAUAGAGAAAAUCCCCGUUCUCUCCUAAAAUGUGUAGUUUGUAAGUAGUUUUUGUAUUUUAACAUCAGAGCCUUUUUUUUAGCCUUCUUUUUUACGGUAACUUUUAAUAUCUCAUGGAGCUCAUUUAAAGGUAGGGAUGUGCUGAUCAUGUUCUUUUGAUCCUUUUUCCUUUUUAAUAAUGAAUAUCUGGCACCAAAAUCCAAUUCAAUACUCGUUUUUAUUUAUUUUUUUUCCCUCCACAUUACAGCUGCGUAACAAACUGUGAAGGCUACAGGAGCAUUUCAUUCAAAUACAGUAAAAUUAGUAAAGCAAUUUAAAUCAGUUUGACAGCAGAAUAGCUCUGUGUUAACAAACUAGAACAUACAUUUGUGUAUAAUAUGUUGUGUAUAUUUUCUAACUAAACCUACUUUAAUUCUAUAUUUGGAUAUUUUACUGGACUCAGGUUUUGAUGCACCUUAAACACUGAUAUUUUAUGUUUUUUAUUUCGUCAGUUUCAUACUCUGGCCUUAUUUUAUUUUGACUGUGUUAUUCUAACUGUCAUUUCAACUGCAAGUAAACAAACAUGUUUACUUUUGCAUUGACGGCCGUUCUUAUUCAUUGUUGUCGUCUUUUUGUAUUUAUUAUUAUCGACCGCUACCUGUAGGCCAGAAUGCCCCCUGGGAGUCACUGUUGCUUGACCCUACUCUCUACUGAUGCCACAUGAUUAGUGAUGAGACAUGGAGAGCUGGAAAAAAAUAGUUUAAGAAUCAGGGAUCAGAGUAUAUGAAAAGUUUUUAUUCAC